AUGCUGGACACCUUCGAUAAGAUGAAAACCAUCGUCAAGCUCACGCACUCUGUCGCAUCACUCCGUGUUCUCCGUAUCUCGUUGGACACACUGCCCACCCUAGCCUCUCAUGAAGACGACCGCGGCAUCAAGAUCACUCAACUUGACGCACUCCUGUGUCAUCUCGCGCCCACAAUUAAAGUCCUCGAUAUCAUAGGGAAGACGCCGAUUCAACUGGAUGUCAAGGGAACGGGAUAUCCUGGCUUGCGCUCGUUGAUGUCCAAGGCGCCGAUUGUAGGCGACUGCUGGAAGGACAUACGCAUGGAUCUUCUCGUAUCCAAAUUUCCGGCGCUUGAAGAUACGCUGUCUGUCCCUACGUGGGUGCCAGAAAGCCCGGACGUGCCCAAUCUACAGCGCAUCCGCGCCUUGAACGAGGUGUACCAGGCGCAACGGUCGUGGAGGCAUCUAGAUCGGGUCAUCGGAGACGUGCUCGGUCUUUACGUGCUUGGCCUCGUAUGUCCCGUGCGUCAUCUCAUGGUGGAAAACCUCAGCAGCCGCACGAGGAACCAUAUGGCAGAACUUCUACGCUCCGCGUCGCCGACCCACCUCAAGCUCUCGAUCAUACUGUAUCUUGGCGGGGAUGUCCUUCAGGGUUUGCUCCCCCCGGAAUCCAUUUCGAGGCUCACCCACCUGGUACUCUUCUUAAGCUAUGCCAACGCGCAGUGGAGAAAUAGAUUCCCCUCGCAGUGGACCGGCAGAGACCCCAGCGCCGCCACGAUGCAGUGGAGUCCCCUCCUUGCGGAGAUCAUCAACUCCGUGCGCGGCCUACACCUUACUCACUUACGCAUAUUCGUCAACUACAGGAUCAGCCAAAGCACUCACCAAGCCUACGCCGACCAAGGGCCAUACUCAACGGACUUCGUCCAAGCCAUUGUCGAUCUUGAUAGCGAACAGCUUGCCAAAGAGUUGUUGGACGCCGUCCCUUCUCUGCGCUUCCGCGCUUGGGGCGCGAAGAGCCGCUGGUACGCACAUUCCGCGUGGAAGAGACAAACGCCUUUUGGCAACCACGAGGAGCUCAAGGGCAGUGCGAUGGAGCGCAUGCUACUAGAGGAAGACCUUAUGCUGUCCGACAAUGACAACGACGCCCUUGGGCCUAAUGGCGCAGAUAGGAUUCCAUCAUGGCUAAUGCCGGAGUGA